CGGAAAUACAGAAGUUGCUGAUUUCAUCAUCAUUAUCACAGCAAGGUAUCCUUCAGUCAAUCCACAAGGGCCUUGCAACCAUCAUACAGCGUCCUCAUGCGCAACCUUCGCAUUGCAUCACACGUUCAUCACAGGCUUGACCUGAGCGAUACACCCAAAACAUCAUCCUCAUGUCAAGUUCGUGCAAUCGCAUUUGAUCCACGGGAAGAAGCAGAUAUUUAUUCCGCCACAGUUUCUGGUUCAUUGACUUCGUCCGAUGUUAUAGAUAUAGACCUUUGGAGAUUAUGGCCAAGACAAAAACAUGUGGCUGCAUUCUCUGCGCCACUUUAUACAGCUUGGCAAGCAUCACAACAGAUCGUCUCCCUGGAUUUCCUAAGUGAUGGAGGUUCAUUCGUUCAAGGAGAGCCUGCUCUUUGUGUCAUUUCAGCUGGUGGAGAUAUUGCUGUUUGUCCUAUUCAAGAUGAAGAUGAUGAAAACAGUGAGCCAGCACUACCAGAGAUCGUUGGAUCAGUCGAACAGGGUAUUUUGGCAGCUAGCUGGAGUCCCGAUCAAGAAUUGCUCGUCCUCAUCACAGCUCCCACUCCAGCCGAACUAUCUGAGAAUGGAAAGCCAAAAGGAUCAACUCUAUUACUGAUGACCCGAGAGUUUGAGGUGCUGUCGGAAAACGUAUUGCAAACAGAUGAUUUUGGUGAGGAAAGACCUAUCGCUUUGGGUUGGGGAUCGAAAGCCACACAAUUUCAUGGCUCAGAAGGAAAACAAGCGGCUGCUGCGGCUGCAGUUCUGGCGGAAAAGAUGUCGGAUAUGUCCUUCGCAGAAUCACCCAGAGGGCCUCCGCUACCAGACGAUGAUUUGAAACCGAGAAUUAGUUGGCGAGGUGAUUCAGCCGUCUUUUCAGUCUCAACAGUAGAGUCAUUUGAAGGUGGACCAUCGCAACAUAGAAUCAUACGUACAUAUGGCAAGAAUGCAAACCUAUUGGCCACGCUGGAUCCAAAUGUUCGCGGCAUAUCACACGCCUUGGCAUUCAAGCCAAGUGGAAUCUUGAUGGCUACUACGCAAGUAUACGAAGGACAGCAUUCAGUAGCAUUUAUAGAACGAAAUGGAUUGCCAAAAGGCUCAUUUGCAUUACGAAGCGACGAUCCAAUUCGAGAGUUGGCAUGGAACAGCGAUGGUUCUCUCCUGGCCGUUUGGACAAAAAGAUGCAUACAGAUAUGGUCUACUGGAAAUUAUCAUUGGUAUCUUAAACAACAAUUUUCAUUGGACGCCCCUAUUACCAAUCUACGAUGGCAUGACGAGCAGCCAUAUAGUCUCUAUAUUGCUUCUCCAACCGGUGCUUCAGCAUAUCAAUUCGUUCUCGAUACAUGUGUUUCCACUUCUCAAAGUCCACCAAAUGAUGCAUCGUGUGCAGCAGUUGUGGAUGGUCAAAACAUCCUACUAACACCUUUCCGAAUUCAAAAUAUACCACCGCCAAUGUCGAGUAUGACCAUCAAACUUGAAGAACGUGUCGUUCCGAUUGAUAUCUCCUGGUCUUCGGUAUCUCUAUCUAGCAAAGAAGCUGUCAGUUUCUUGCACGUUCUUUUACCUCGAGGUGUUGUACAGACAUGGCUUCUGCAAUGGGGCGAUUUGCAAUCAUCUGCCAAAGGAUUAGACGAUAAAUGGAAAAAGCCAGAGCUUUUGUGUACUACUGACUUUGGACUGUCGGCGAGACAAUUGGCUGCUUUUGCUCAUUGUAAAGAUGAAAAAAUCAAGAUUGCAGUAGGUGUACUGGCUGUGGAUGGGUUUGAAUCGCUCAAAUUGGCCACACGCAAGAUACAAUGGAAGGACCGUGUUCUUGGCAAUGUUCGCUUUGAGUCGCUUUCACUUGGUCGAUCUGCACGCAGGAUGCUGAUCGCUGCGCCGCAAGACAUGCAAACAGCAAAAGAUGUAGUGGUUGCACGAAACGUUUACGUACAUGAAGACAAAAUGCUUCGCAAUAUUUCUGGAGAAAGAAUUGCAUUGCCUGCCUUUUUCCCCCACAUCAAUCUGAUCUGCGCUCAAAAUUCACCAGAGGAAGAUGUCCAUUCGGUCGGUCUGACAGAUGCUGGACAAUUGUUUUUGAACACAAAGCUUUUGGCACGAGAUGCGAAUUCAUUCACUUUGACUGAAUCUCAUAUUAUAUGGACAAAUGUCUCUCACGAAGCCAAAUUCUUGCCCAUUCAAUCAGCCCUUGCAGCGAUUGAUGUUGAAGCAGUUGAAGCUGGAGCGGAAGCCAUUCCUUUGAACCGCAGAGUUGAACGUGGAUCACGCAUUGUGACUGCAGUGCCUAGCUCGAUGACCUUGAUAUUGCAAAUGCCACGAGGAAAUCUGGAAACAGUCUCGCCUCGUCCGCUGGUUCUGGAAGUGGUCAGAAAGAGCUUGCAGGCGCAAAGGUAUGGGAAAGCAUUCCGGAUCUGUCGUACACACAGAUUGGAUAUGAAUAUCAUCGUUGAUCAUGAUGAACAGAAAUUCUUGCAAGAUGUCUCUCUCUUUGUCAAACAGGUCAAAGAUGGAGAACAUCUCAAUCUUUUCUUGAGUAGUUUGUCAACCGUUUCCACCAAACAGACUGCUUCAGCUUCAAAGCCAUUCUCGCGUGUUGUGGGUCGUGUUUCCGAUGCUCGCCUGAAUGGAUCUCUGGAAGGAACAGAUAAGCAAGUUCGAAUCAAUGCCAUCUGCGACGCCGUUCGAGAGGUGUUGGAAAAGGAAGACGCCAGGGCUUACGUGAACACUAUCUUGACAACACAUGUUCGCAAAUCUCCUCCAGAUUACGAAGCAGCAUUGAAUUUGCUCGGGGAGUUGAAACGCGAUGAUGCUGCUCUAGCAGAUGAAGCAUGCAAAUACAUCAUUUUCUUGACCGAUGCCGAUAAGCUCUUCAAAGCAGCCCUAGGAACCUAUGAUUUCACUUUGCCAUUACUCGUUGCCCACCAUUCUCCACGUAAGGAUCCAAGAGAGUAUCUACCUUUCCUUCGCGAAUUACGUGAAGUUAAGCCAUUGGAGAUGCAGAGAUUCAAGGUGGAUGAAACUUUGGAAAGAUGGGAGAGAGCUUUGACCUGGUUGGUGAAAGCUGGCGAUGAGUACUGGGAUCAAGCGGUAGAACUUAUCGAAAAGCACGACUUAUACCUCCCAGCAUUGCAAGAGUAUGCAUCACAGCCUCAAAGAUUAUCCUCUGUGCAAGAGAUGUACGGAGACUGGCUAAUGGAAAAACAUCGCUACAAAGAAGCCGGAAUCUUAUUCGCUCAAUGUCGUCAAUUACGUAAAGCCAUUGACGCAGAUGUCAAAGCUGGUAAUUGGCGUGAAGCAUUGGCAGCUGCACAUACUACCGUCACAGAAAAGGCCGAAUUGCAGAAAUUGGCACAAAGGGUUGCUUCUAGUUUAAGCUCGUAUGGCAGAAAUGCAGAAGCAGCUUUGGUUGCAUUGGACUAUCUGGACGAUGUUGAAGAAGGUGUUCGAUUGUUGUGCAAAGAUUACGAGUUUGGAGAAGCAAAGCGUAUAGCAGCUAAGUGUGGACGAGCGGACGAAUUGAUUGGAGGAGUGAUUCGUCCCUCCGUUCUGGAGAGCGCAGAAAGCCUUUUGGAGGAAAUCCGCGAGAUCGAAGAUCAAGGAAAGAAACAAUUUGCACGUUUACAGGAACUUCGCAUUCGAAAACGUGAGAGACCUGAAGAUUAUUACCCUGAUGUAGGAGAAGAUGGUCUUGGUGGGGAUGGAUUGGAUAACCUCGAUUCUGCAAGUCAAGCCUUCACAAUGUUUACUCGUUUUACACGCUAUUCUGCUUUCACAAAUAAUGCUGCUGCUGCUGCCAACCGACGAAGAAGAGGAGAUGCUGAAACUGGAAGUACAAUGUCGCAAUUCACAUUGCGAACAAAAGCAGGUGCUGCUUCUACAACACAGACAGCCAAAUCCCGCAAGAAGGAAAUGCGUAAACAAGGAACAGGAAAGAAGAACAGUAUUUACGAAGAAGACUAUUUGUAUACUUCCCUGCGUAAAUUGUUGGAUUCACGCUUGGAAAAGAUUCAAAAGGAUAGCGGAAAGGUGCUUUUACAGCUGGUAAGACUGUCCGACCAUGCUCCAGAAGAUGGAGAUGAGAGCAACAAGCAAUGCGCAGAACGUGCACAAGAGUUGGCAAAUGUUUUGAAUCAUGUUGAAACAACGAUGAACACCUUGAGCGAAGAUUUAUGGCAAGACAAUCUGGACGAUGAGGAAGCACUAGAGGAAGAACGUGUGAAAGCCAUUCAAGAAGGUUUAGCAUUAGGUCUUUCAUGGGAUCAGCUACAAUCAAAUGGAUUGUUUGCACCACCCUUGCAUCGGGAACGCAUUACGGUCGCAUCGCAAGAAUGGAGACAACCGGCAAUCGUACCGGUAUAAUCCAGCUUGAACUAAAAUGUACUGUUGAUUAAUUGUAAUUUUA